UUAAAUAACCUGCUUAGACUGUUGGUUGAACAAAGAGGUAAGAGUUAUAUAUAAAAGCGUUUGCUACGGAAAAUGUUUACUAGUAUUGGAAAGAUUCUGUCCACUGAGCUGAAAAAACCGGUUAGUGCAUAUUUCCAGAGAUACUUGCAGACCACAGUCAUCAAAAUGGUUAAAGAGGGAGACUCAGUUCCAAAUGUUGACCUGUAUGAAGAUCUUCCAACGAACAAGGUGAACUUGGCCCAGUUAUCUGCCGGAAAAAAAGUCAUCCUUUUUGCGGUUCCCGGAGCUUUUACGCCUGGCUGCUCCAAGACUCACCUUCCUGGGUAUGUAAAGAAAGCAGACGAACUAAAGAGCCAGGGAGUCGCAGAAAUUGUCUGUGUAUCAGUCAAUGACCCCUUCGUUAUGGCGGCCUGGGCAAAGGACCAAAACACCGCAGGAAAAGUGCGACUUCUGGCCGACCCAACGGCCGCAUUGGCCAAGGCUUUAGAUUUGUCUGUCGACAUUCCUCCGCUGGGCGGAAUUAGGAGUAAGAGGUAUUCAAUGGUCAUCGAAGAUGGAAAAAUUACAUCUCUGCAAGUGGAACCCGACGGUACGGGUUUGUCUUGUUCUCUCGCAGAUAAAGUCAAGUUGUAAUUAGGUUAUAAGUUAAUCUCGAAAUGAAUAAAUGAUUGUUCUUCCAUAAUA